GGGGAAGGGGGAGCGGUUUCCUAGCCACGCCGCCUUCGUUUCUCCAUCUCGUCUUCCUCUCCGGGGUUGGGGUUAGGGUUAGGGUUAGGGUUAGGGUUUGGUCUCCCGUCCGAUCCGAUCUAUCCGCGAUGGAGAACAAAUGGGAGGAGAUGAAAAUCACUUUGGAGACCUUUGAUUUCGGCGAAUCCGCAGCGGAGGAAAGCGGGAGGGAGGAGGACGUAGCAGUCACUUUGAAGACGUUGGAUGGGCGUGAACUGGCCUUAUCUUCAGCUAAGGCCGAUGCGGUGGCUAAGCAGUCAUUCAGGAUAUGGAAGAUUCUUCGGGAAGCGAAAACAAGAAGAACGGUUGAAAUGCCGCUGGGAUGGAGGAUCCUUGCGAUGGCGAUCGACUACUGCUUCGAGCACGGCAAGGAUAAGAAGUUAACUUUCGACGAUUUCAUAGACGAGAACGGGAAUUAUUUCCCAGAAAAGUUCCCGGAUAAGAUCAAAGCUAACGAGGCCAUCGACGAGAAGCUCAGCAAGUGGGAUGAAGCUUUUCUUCAGGACUGCGACGCCGAAACUAUCUUAGAGCUUGUAACCGCUGCACGCCAUUUGUGGGUCACCGGGCUGAGGGAUUUGGUUGGCCAGGCUGCAAUGGACAUGAUGAUUGGGAAGAGUGGAAAGGAAAUUGUGGAGAUGUUCCUCGGCAAACUUGAAAAGGAUAUACAAGAAGUUGAUCGAGAGAACGAACUAAUGGGUCACAGAUCAGUGAUGAAGGGGCCCGAGUUGGUUGAUAUGAGGGAUGUGGUUGAAUCUCUCGGACCUCCAGGAUUUGGGAGUAUUUAGCGUGCUUCCAUACCAUCAAAUACUAAGUCUUGUAUUGAUACGACCCUGGGGUUUUAUAUAUUUAUUUUCUAGGAUUUGCUUGGUGGUGUUUUUUUUAUAAAUGAUCCUUGACCAUUACAAUAUAAUAACUCAUGUAUUGUAUUUUUUUUUUUUUUUUGCCUAUGUCUGUUGAAGUGAAAUCUUUUUAAUUA